AAAUCAGCAACAUACGGUUAAAGCUUCGAUUUUUAGUCUUAGAUUUAGGAUUCAGAUUAAAAGAAUAUAUAAGAAAGAAAAGAUUUCCAAUCUGUAAUCAGUGCUAGGGUUCUUUGGAUUGAUGAUAAUGAUGGGGCGUUUUGCGCUUCUUGUCUUCUUAGCGUUCGCGUCGAUGCAGCUUCUCUGCAUUGCCGCUGAUCAUGAUGCUGCGAUUUUUUAUGAUUCAUUUGAAGAGCCAUUCAAUGGGCGAUGGAUCGUCUCUGAAAAAGAUGAUUAUAAAGGUAUAUGGGAGCAUUCAGAGAGUGAAGGGCACGAUGACUUUGGGCUUCUAGUGACCGAGAAGGCACGGAAGUACGCAAUAGUGAAAGAGCUGGAGGAGCCUGUGAAUCUCAGGGAUGGAACCACUGUGCUUCAGUACGAGGCUCGCUUCCAGAAUGGACUUGAAUGUGGUGGUGCAUACCUGAAAUACCUUAGACCUCAGGAAGCUGGGUGGAAGCCUAAGGAAUUUGACAAUGGAUCCCCUUACUCUAUCAUGUUUGGCCCUGACAUGUGUGGAUUAACAAACAAGGUGCACUUUAUCCUGAAGCAGAAGAAUCCUAAAUCUGGGGAAUAUGUUGAACAUCAUCUUAUUGACCCACCGCGCGUCCCAUCUGACAAGCUUUCUCAUGUCUAUACUGCCAUCUUGAAGCCUGACAAUGAGAUUAGCAUUCUGAUUGAUGGAGAGGUGAAGAAGAAGGGAAACUUCCUCUCAGCUCAAGAUUUUGAUCCUCCAAUUAUCGCUGCCAAGACUAUUCCUGACCCAAAUGAAAAGAAACCCGAGGACUGGGACGAUAGAGUCAGAAUUCCUGAUCCUAAUGCUGUGAAGCCUGAUGAUUGGGAUGAAAAUGCACCCAUGGAAAUUGAAGAUAUGGAGGCUGUGAAACCGGAAGGAUGGUUAGACGAUGAGCCUGAAGAGAUAGAUGAUCCUGAGGCAACCAAGCCAGAAGAUUGGGAUGAUGAAGAGGAUGGUGUAUGGGAAGCCCCCAAAAUUGACAACCCAAAGUGUCAGACAGCUCCUGGUUGUGGUGAAUGGAAGAGACCGAUGAAGAGGAACCCAGCUUUUAAAGGAAUAUGGAAUCCUCCUCUAGUCGACAACCCCAAUUACAAGGGUAUUUGGAAGCCUCGGGACAUCCCAAACCCUAACUACUUCGAGCUUGACAAGCCUUACUUUGACCCUAUCGCUGCAAUUGGUAUCGAGAUUUGGACAAUGCAAGAAGGUAUAUUGUUUGACAAUAUUUUGAUAGCCAAAGACGAGAAUGUUGCUAAGUCAUACCGGGACACCACAUGGAAACCGAAGUUUGUGGUUGAGAAGGAAAAACAGAAGGCGGAGGAAGAAGCUGCAGGUUCGGAUGAUCUCGGUGGCUUCCAGAAGGUGGUCUUCGAUGUCCUAUACAAGUUUGCUGAUAUUCCUUUCUUAAGCAAAUAUAAGCUCCAAAUUCUUGACUUCAUUGAGAAGGGUGAGAAACAACCCAACCUCACCAUUGGUGUCCUGGUCUCCAUUGUGGUGGUUAUCUUGACAGCUAUCUUCAUGCUCAUUUUUAGUGGGAAGAAACAACAGCCAAGAGUAGAGAAGAAAACAGAGGUGGCUGCUGAUACAUCAAAUGAUCAAGGAAGCAGUGGAGAAAAGCCAGCUGAAGAGGAAAAGGAGGAGGAAAAGGAGAAUGAAACUGGUGGUGCUGCUCCCCGCCAAAGGAGGCGUGACACUUGAAAGCUUGGCUUGGCUGGUGAUUAUCAGUUUCACUUUUGCGCAGUUUUUUUUGUUUUUAUUUUUGCGGUUUAGGUGUUUCCGUAGCUGAAACAUUUUUGGUAAUUGUUGAUUUUUGAGUUUCACUUCUGAAUGUUUUUGAUGUAUGAAUGAAUGAAAGGAAAAUUGUAAA